AACCUUAAAUCUCUUACCGAACAUAAUCUCUCGCCGCCGAUUGUCACCGUCGUGAGAGUUCCGAUCGUUAGCGCAACCUUAUAAACAAACGAAGCGAUGAGCAUGUUGUUAUCUCAGAACGUUCCGACAACUAAGGUUAGAAGAGAAGAAGCCUCAGACGAUGAGGCCAAGGGAAAGAGAAGAAAGAUGGAGGAAGAUCAAGCUGAAAUGAAAAAGCUCGAGACUUUGUUAUUCGGGUCUCUCUAUAACCCUGCCACGUUCGAUGAUGGUUCCGCUAAUUUGUUUCAUGUGAACCGUUCUGCUGUGACGCUGACGCACACACCAGAUUACGAUGAUGAUGAUAUCAAUCAAUCUGAGGGAGUUAGAAAAGGAGAAGCUGCGUGGGAGGACGAAGAAGAGAGAGAGAUAAGCAUUAACAUAGCUUCUGUCAACCGUCUGAGGAAGCUAAGGAGAGAGGAGAAGGAGAGUUCGAUCUCCGGUUCUGAGUAUAUUGCGAGGCUGAGAGCUCAUCACGCUAAGCUUAACCCAGGAACAGCUUGGGCUCGGCUUGAUUCUUUAAAUGAUGGUGAUGAUGAUAUCCUUCGAACUAAUGAAGAUCUUGUGGUGGAGUCUGGUGGUAACAAGCUGUGUUCUGGUCUUCUCGAGUACACACAACUAGAUAAUGCUAACGUAAACGAUCCUUCAACCACUCCGAUAAACUCUGUCCACUUCCACCAAAACGCUCAGCUUCUUCUCACCGCCUCGGACAAAAGAUUAAAGUUUUUCCACAUCGAUGGGAAGAGAAACGCCAAGAUACAAAGCAUCUUUCUUGAAGACUAUCCCAUUCACAAAGCCUCCUUCUUGCCAAACGGCUCUCAGGUGAUUGUCUCUGGGAGGAGAAACUACUUUCAGUGCUUUGAUUUAGAGAAGGCGAACUUCGAUAGAAUCGGUCCUUUGGUCGGUAGAGAGGAGAAGAGCUUGGAGAGUUUCGAAGUCUCGCAAGACUCUAACACCAUAGCCUUCGUUGGAAACGGAGGCUACAUCUUACUCGUGUCAAGUAAAACUAAAGAGCUCACAGGAACGUUAAAGAUGAACGGUUCGGUGAGGUCUUUAGCGUUUAGCGAAGAUGGGAAGAAGCUGCUGAGCUCAGGAGGAGACGGGGAAGUGUAUGUAUGGGAUCUGAGGACGAUGAAGUGUUUAUACAAAGGUGUUGAUGAAGGCAGCACGUGCGGGACAUCGCUUUGCAUGAAAGGAGAGUUGUUUGCCUCUGGGACGGAGAGAGGGAUUGUUAACGUUUACAAGACGUCUGAGUUCGUGGGAGGGAAGAGGAAGCCGGUGAAGACGGUGGAGAAUCUAACUUCUCAGAUAGGUUUCAUGAAGUUUAACCAUGACGCUCAGAUUCUUGCUAUAGGGUCGGCGAUGAAGGAAAACAGUGUUAGGCUGGUUCAUGUUCCGUCGCUAACGGUCUUUUCGAACUGGCCGCCGAUGGGGAGGAGCGUGCGUAGUCCUCGCUGCUUGGACUUUAGCCCCGGAGGUGGCUUCAUGGCUAUGGGAAACUCUGUGGGAGAAGUUUUGCUGUACCAACUGAAACAUUACAAGAAUGCUUGAAGUGGUUUCUAGCUUAGGGCAGUUUGUUUUAUUUUAUUUUUUUCUGAUUUUUUUGGGAUUGAGUGGGACUCACGCUAUGUCAACAACAACACUAUUUAACAUCCCAUGAAAUAAAAAAAACGUGAUUUUUUUUGGUAUUAAUUCCAAUUACUUUGAUAGUUGCAGUUUCCUAUUUCAAACGUGAUCUAUGGUAGAUAUUUUUGUUUUGUGAAGGUAUCUUAUAUGUAAUAUCGGUGUGAAACAAGAGCUUGAUCAUGUGUUAGAUGAGCUAGAGAAGAUUGCAGUUGUGAAACUGUUUCAGGGAAUGUUCAGACAUAAUCACUCAUAUUAGACUAGAGAAGGUGAAUGAGAGUUAGAUUCAGUCUUACUUAGUGUAUCUAUUUUGUUUUUGAAGUUAAUGGAAUGAACGAACAAAACAGGCUUUCAAAGUGUUUUUGUGAUUUUAUAAAUGAAAGGAAAUGUAUUUUAUCAGGUAAACAUUUCAUUGAUAGUGAAUGAUGAAGAGGCAGAGGAAUGUGUGAGGGGCUCUUCACUCGCCUUCUUUGAAACCUCCUUAAUGCAAUACAGAGACUAGAAUGUGUCUUCUAAGACUUGGAACUACUUCACAUUUUUCUUGUUAUAGAGUUACACAUUUUGUGGCAAAUACUAUAGUCAAUACAUGUUUUUCAACAAACUGUCACGGUUUUGAAUGAAAAGAAAAAAAUGUGUGUGGUUCCAAAAAUAUCCUUCCUCAAAAGCCUAAGAACCUUUACUUUUUCAGGGUUAUAACCGUCUAAACCGACCAACCAGCUGGUCAACAGAAGUUCUACAUC